CUGAACCGUCAGUUUAUGACAAUGGCUGCUCCAGUAAAAAAACGUGAUGUUGCACGAAAUUUCGAAGAUAGAAAUAGUGAUGACAAUGACCAAAGUUCAUCGAACAAUGAGGAUAACGAGAAGGAAGUACUGGAUGAAGAGGUAAUGGAAAUUCAAGUGGACUUUGAAGGAAGAAAUCCAUUGGAUCCAGAUUAUUAUGGCAUUAAGACCCUAUUACAGCAACUUUUUUUGAAAGCUCACAUUGAUUUAGGUGGUCUCACAGAUUUAAUUAUUUCCCAAAACUAUGUGGGUUCAGUUGUUAAACAGUCAGAGGAUAUAGAUGAAUUGGAUGACAAAGACAUUGAUGCCAAUAAUGUGUUUGGUAUUACUACAGUAAUUAAUUUAUCUACUGGACAAAAUUAUCCUUGUAUACAACAACUUAGGGAGUUGUUAAGGCAAUUGGCAAAUGAACAUGCCACUGAUGCAGCAAAUACUAUGAUAAAACAUGUCCUUGAAAAUGAUUCGGAAGCAUUAGGUUUAUUGAUCAAUGAAAGAUUUGUCAACAUUUUAGCACAAAUUUCUGUGCCACUCCUGGAAAAUUUAGUUGCUGAAAUAAAAAGAGCAAACAACAAAAAGCUACCCUUCAACUUUUCUUACUACAUAUUAAUCUGUAAACUCCACAAAACGGAAGAUAAGAAACUAGAAAAAAAAUUGAAACACAAAAAGAAAGAUAACAUAGAAGAACCAACUAUUAUAUGGAGUAAUCCAGAAGAAGAAAUUUUUGCAGAGGAAGCAACAGUCAGUUUUGAAUUUUCAGUUGAAAAUGAGUCCGAUAGUGGUUUGUCUGGAACAUGGACUGAGACAGAUGAUGAAAUGAUACCUUAUAGAAGGGUACUACUGUUUGAAGCUAACAAACUACAACCAAUUAUUGAUAAAAUAAAAAAACAUAUUUCUUAAUUAACCUGAAGGACUAACAUUAACUCACCUCAUAUUCCUAAAGAAACUACUUCCUUUAGUGUAUUAAAGGAAGGUAUACGCUUUUCA